CUCUCCAUUUCGAAGAUGACAGACCCAUUAUUUGAAAAGCAGACUGUCAAUUUUCUGGCUUGGUUCAAGAGCCAGCCAGGCACGACUUUCCACGAUGACAUCGAAAUUCAGGACCUGAGGAGCAGGGGCGCAGGUCGAGGCAUAAUCGCGACUGCAGACAUUCCCGCAGAUACGACCCUCUUCACAAUCCCCCGCGCAUCCAUCAUCAGCAGGGAGACGUCCUCAUUGGUCAAGAGGCUACCAGAGGUAUUCGACCCAACGACGCAGGCCCAUGCCAAGGACGAUGAGGACCACGACAUGGAUGACGACUCUGACUCCUCUUCUGAUGACGAUGGCGCCCACCAGCAAGACUCGUGGACGACCCUCAUCCUGAUCCUGAUCCACGAGCACCUGCAGGGCCCCAACUCCACCUGGAAACCCUACCUAGACGUCCUCCCCGCAGGCCCCUCCGCCUUCAGCACCCCCAUGUUCUGGUCGGCCGACGAGCUGGCGGCCCUGCAGGCGAGCCCCGUGGCAGCCAAAGUAGGGCGCGAGGAGGCAGAGGACAUGAUCCGGACCAAAAUCCUGCCCGUCAUCCGCGCGCACGAGGACGUCUUCUUCCCACCUGGGCCGGAGCAGAGGCUUCUGAGCGACGACGACCUGGUGCAGCUCGGGUUCAGGAUGGGCAGCGUAAUCAUGGCGUACGCCUUCGACCUGGAAAAGGACGAUGACGAAAACGAAAACGAACACGGGAACGAUGACGAAGCAGCAGCAGCAGCAGCAGCGGAGGAGGACGACGGCUGGGUCGAGGACCGCGAGGGACGCACCCUGCUAGGCAUGGUCCCCAUGGCCGACAUCCUCAACGCCGACGCCUCCUUCAACGCCCACAUCGAGCACGGCGACGACGCCCUGGCCGCCACCGCCCUGCGGCCCAUCCGCCGCGGCGAGGAGAUCCUCAACUACUACGGCCCCCUCAGCAACGGCGAGCUGCUGCGGCGGUACGGCUACGUGACAGCCGCCCACCGCCGCUGGGACCUGGUCGACCUCGCCUGGGACCGCGUGCUCGCCGCCCUGCGCGCCCAGCUGGGCUUUGCGCUCGCCAGCGACGACGACUGGGACGGCGUCCUGGCCCAGCUGGGCGACGACGAGGCGCUGCUGGUCGAGGAAGACGCCUUCGUGCUCGAGCGCGGCGCCGCGGACCCGGACGCCGAGGGCCGCGUUGCCGAGGUCACGACCACGGCCGCCGUGCCCGAGGACCUGCUCGGGCAGAUGAAGGAGGUCAUGAAGGUUGUCAAGAAGGUCAGGCCCGCCGCCGUGCCUGACAAGGUCGCGAGGGAUAAAGCCAUCUACUCGGCCCUCGCGGCCGCGCUGGACGAGAGGGCGCGGCAGUACGGCACCACGCUGGAGCAGGACGAGAGCGGCAUGGCGGCAGGAGGGUCCCUGGACCGUAAGAUGAUGGCUCUGGAUGUCAGGAUAGGCGAGAAGGUGCUGCUGAAAGAGGUGCAGAAUGCGGUGAGGGCUAGGUUGGCCGAGCUUGCUGCGGCGGCGAGGGAUGGCGAUGGACGGAGCGCCAAGCGGAGGAGGAUAUAA